UUGCUGCUAGUGUUUAUUUUCAUCCCGUUUCUGUGAUGCAUCCUGGCGCAAGAGAAGACAGCAACGUGGAGACCGCACAGCGCUGUGGAUCGACGCAGGUCCGGACAAAAGGACAACAGACCUCUACUACUAGUCACCCACAGUCUAUCAUAGUGGUCCAUUCCACGCCAACAGGAGAGAAGAUUCAUUGUGAGAGCUACUUGAUAAAUACAAAAUCUGACAAAUCUGCACUUACUGACGCCAUGGAAGAAACUUCUCCUAGUUUUGCACCAACCAGAAAACGCUACAAAAGCACAACGGAUAUUCCUUAUCGAGGCAGUUUUUGCUUGCUACCUCCCUGCACCCCUGGAGUCACAGAUAAAGAGCAGAACAUCUGGCGCCGCAGUUCAUUGAGUGAGACCAACAAUGUCUCACAAUUUCGUCGUCAUGCCCUCAGUGUUCCCAACAUGGGCUCCUCCAGUCCCCUUCAUUUCACCCACAGCAGCCCUCUCCACACCAACCCACUCUCACCAGCACACAGCAACAUAUCUAGCCCUGGAAGGGAAAUGGAGAGGCUUGCAAAGGCUCGAAGUAAACUCCUAGAAAGUGAAAGCAACCAAACACCCAGACUUCCUCCAGAAACCAGAGAGCAACUUCGCUACGUGUCCAAGGAUGGAAAGUGCAGAGUCAAUCUAGGCCACAUUGAUGAAAGGGGACGUUUUCUUUCUGAUAUCUUUACCUCUUUUGUGGACCUCCAGUACCGCUGGUUUCUCUUUGUUUUUAUGAUGUGCUAUAUUACAACCUGGUUCCUAUUUGCUGGCCUUUACUAUGUUAAUGCAUCCAUUCGGGAUGACCUAGGUCAAGAACAACCUCUUGGUACAACUCGAAACCAGUAUGUAGACCAAAAUCACUGCUAUUUGGGAAUAGAUGGUUUCAUAUCGGCUCUUCUGUUCUCCGUGGAGACACAGCGUACCAUUGGUUAUGGCUCACGGACUGUUUCCCCUACCUGCCACGAGGGUGUGCUGCUGGUCAUGAUGCAAUGCAUCGUAGGCUCCAUGAUAGAUGCCCUCAUGGUGGGCUGCAUGUUUGUGAAAAUAUCUCGUCCCAAAAAGCGAGCCGAGACGCUUCUUUUCAGCCGCACGUGCGUUAUUGCAAACCGCGAUGACCAGCUAUGCCUGAUGUUUCGGCUUGGAGACCUGCGCGAGAGCCACAUGGUGGAUGCAAAGGUUCGAGCAAAGUUAAUUAAGUCCCGCCAGACAGCCGAGGGGGAAUUUUUACCACUGGAGCAGACAGAGAUUAACCUCGGAUAUGAAACUGGAUCAGACCGCCUCUUCCUGGUCGAACCUCAAGUCAUUCAACACAAUAUUGGUGCAAGCAGCCCGCUGUGGGACCUGGGCCCGGACCAACUCCGACGACAGCAGUUUGAGAUAAUUGUUAUAUUGGAGGGAAUAGUCGAGGCCACAGGAAUGAUGUGCCAAGCCAAAACAUCUUACAUAGAAACAGAGAUUGAGUGGGGCGCGCGCUUUGAACCCUGCAUGACGCUGGAGAAAGGCUCAUUUCGAGUGGAUCUGCGUAGGUUCCACACCACAUACAAGGUACCACUUCCAAACUGCAGUGCCAGCCAAGCACAGCAGCUGAUGGUUCUGGCAGGGUGCAAAGUCCAAAGCCACACCACCGGCGGGGAGUGGGAUGCUUGGGCAGAGGGAACAGCUGUAGAAGACAAAGACAAGUCUCCGUCUAACAUUGGGUUUACCAUAGGUGACAUUCAGGAGGAAAGAAUGUCAGAAGGUAAUGAAAGUGAAGCAAGUGCAGAGCAGAUGCUAUGAUAGAAUGUUUUACAGGACUGCUAACUUCCCCCUCCUAACUUUAAAUAUGCAUAGACCCAUUUAUUAAUAAAAACUCAAUAUCGGCAUGUAACAAAAGAAAAAUAAAAGGUAAAAGCAUGAAUAAAAUAUUAUAUUAACAAAU